AUGAGUCAGCUGGACCAGCUGGCUGUCACGAGGUAUCGGCGGCCGUCAAGGGAAACAUGUCAUAGGCUGAAGUCAAAGUCGGCCCGAGAGGCCCAAAAGGCUACGACAAGAGAGCUAGAAACGGAGAAGGUGGAAGACGACGCGGCACUGUGGAGAUGGUGGGAAGACGAAGAGCCUGGCGGCAACGAUGCCAAGAGGCGCAAGAAGUGGCACACGCUGGAGCACAGGGGACCGCUGUUCGCGCCCCCAUACGAGCGAUUACCGCGCCACGUGCAUUUCUACUACGAGGGUGUCACGGUGAGACUCAGCGCCAAGGCUGAGGAAGUGGCCGGCUACUACGCGCGCAUGCUCGAACGCGACUACACGUCCCACAAGAGGUUCAACGAGAAUUUCUUCCGCGACUGGCGGAAGUGCAUGAAUCGCAAGGAAGCGACGCUCAUCACCGACCUGAGGAAGUGCGACUUUGGGGAGCUCAGCGCACACUACGCGAGAAAGGCGGAAACGACGAAGCAGCAAAAACAGGCCAGUGCGAUGAAACUUCAGAGAGAGAAAUUGGCACAAGAGUACGGCUACUGCAUCGUUGACGGCCACAGACAGAAGAUCGCCAACUUCAAGAUAGAACCACCCGGAUUGUUUUGCGGUCGCGGACAACAUCCGAAGAUGGGCAUGGUGAAACGCCGUGUUCUGCCCGAAGACGUCAUAAUCAACAUUGGAAAGGAAGCGCCGGUGCCGAAGCCACCGCGGGGACACAGCUGGAAAGAAGUGCGCCACGACCAGGGCGUCUCCUGGUUGGCCUCGUGGAAUGUCCUGGGCCGCACCAAGUACGUCACGCUCAACGCCAGCGCCAAGCUGCGGGCGGAGAUGGACGUGCGCAAGUUCGAACUCGCCCGCAAGCUCAAGUCCCGCGUGAACCGCAUACGGCGCAGCUACAGGAACGGCUGGGAGUCACGAGACAUUAGCGUCCGUCAGCGGUCCGUGGCGCUCUACUUCAUUGACAAGCUUGCGUUGAGAGCCGGGAACGAGCAGGAAGAGGGCGCCACUGCCAACACCGUCGGCUGCUGCUCCUUGCGAGUGGAGCACAUCGCACUACGCGAACUCGAGACAGACAGCGAGGAUGGCCAGUUCCUAGUGGAGUUCGACUUCCCCGGAAAGGACUCCGUCCGAUACGCGAACACAGUUCGGGUGGACGAGCGCGUCUUCAGGAACUUGGAGCUUUUCAUGGAACACAAAGAGCUCAAGGACGACCUCUUCGAUUUGCUCACUACUGCUACCCUGAACAAACAUCUCAGCAAACUCAUGGAAGGGCUAACUGCAAAGGUAUUUCGUACUUACAACGCUUCUAUGACCUUCCAAAAACAACUGGAUAUCCUGACUGAAGCCGGUAUGUCGCUACCUGAGAAGCUGCUGGCCUACAACCGAGCCAACAGAGCAGUCGCCAUUCUGUGCAACCACCGACGAGCAGUUCCUAAAAAUUUCGACAAGCAAAUGGAGAGCCUCCAAACAAUGAUAGAGAAGAAAGAAGAGCAGAUCCGAAAGUGCGAACUGGAAAUCGAACAGCUGGAAGCUGGUUGCAGCAUAUCCAAGUCGAAAAAAGAAAAACUGCGGUUGAACAGCAAAAGGAACCGGUUGCAGAAGCUCCAAGUGCAGCUGGACAAAUUGGAGUUUCAAGCCAUGGACAAAGAGGAGAACAAGGAUGUUGUCCUUGCUACCUCGAAGCUCAAUUACAUCGACCCUAGAAUCAGCGUUGCAUGGUGCAAGACAUGGGAUGUCCUCAUCAAGAAAGUUUACAACAAGACGCAGCGAGAAAAGUUUUGCUGGGCGAUAGAGACAGCUGACCCAGAUUUUGAAUUUUAGGGCCAAGGUCCAUUUCCUUGUGUGUCAUAGCAAGUGUCGGAGCAGCUCUGGCGGUUAGAACUUCUGGCUGUUAGCCCAAAAUACACCUCCCACAAGCCUAACUAUAGCAGUCACUGACCACUUCUUGGAAUGCGAAUUGCAUCCAAAAAUUUCUACCGAUGGCUUGUUUCCUUUAGGCGGACAGGACCCCUACCCCCUCCAUUUUUCUGUGGUGCAUGAACAAGGGGUCAACAACCCAUAUAUGCUCAAGCAAAGUCAUUUUCAUUUCAAGACGCAACCAAUGAUCUUGCAUAUUGAAUCUAACCUUAUUACGAACUCUCACCUGACUAUCUUUGUUGAGCCUUCUGUGCAGUACAGAUAUGCCCGUGAUCUCACUGCAUGGUGCGUGUGCGAACCCUUCGCAACUGCCUUUUUCACUCUUCCUUCCGAACGCCAUGUAACCAGCAGAGAAGGAACCUGUGCAUCAACAAGUGUCGCAGUUCUGCCUUUCCGUUUCCUCAGCGUUAAUACAGUAUGCUUCCAUUUAUCCACAACUUACUUUCGUCACUUGCAUAAAAGGCAGUCUUGACAUGUGCGCCAUGGGAAAUUGUUUGACAGCACUGGCACACGACUUUACAACCAAUGAAUGGCAUCUUGUUUGCGCUUCGUUACACAUGCAUGUCACAACCUUAAUGAAAUGCCAGCACAGUUUCCAUGCCUUUAUAUAUGUCCUUUUUGGCAAAUGACUCUUAUGCAUUAUCAGCACAGUAUCUUGAAAGUGACGAGGUCUAGACUGGUGUGGUGCACUUGGCCUGUCACCACCACCAGCAUGUUUUAUGUCUAUUACAGCAAGAAGGCCCUUCCCAAAGAUCUCGAAUUACUCCUAUCUUGUGCCAACUGACACCUUCCCCUGCCUGCGAAUUUCAUCCCACCCCCUAGCUCUCUACCGUCCUCCAUUGCACUUCCCUUGGAAACCGUUCAGCAACCCCAAUAGACCACCGGUCAUCUGCUUUACAUAUUACAUGGCUGUUAUUACAAUAGUACAUGUCUUUGGCUGCAAGGUCUCAAAGCUCUUGAGACAAUGUGCAAAAGUUUGCCACCAGUGUCAUAAAUGCCUAAAUCUCUGUAGCGACUAUGUGGGAAAGUGUUCAAAGAUUAUAUCUAGAGCUUGCAUUAUAUCCAAAGAUUUAUCUCACAUGAAUUGCUGCCUUUGAACUUGGAAGUACCUUCUCGUAAAUUGUCCAUUAUCCCACACAAGGUGGCAGAGCCUGUAUCCGCAGCUUUUCCUUGCAAUGAAUGUGUCAAGUGCACAAAAAUUAUCGGAAAAAAUUUAUUUGCCACAAAGCAGCUUAUGGAAAUAAAAAAAUGCCUAACCAGAAAUCAACGUGAAAAACAGCAACGCACAACUCUCCACACAAUGAUUUCUACAUGGGCGCAACAAAUAAUUAUGGAGCAUAUAGCAGUUGAUGCCAAGUACCGCUUUGCACAUCCACCAACUCGCAGGUUGUACAUUUGGUGUAGUUAAAAUGCAACCAAUACCAUGGCCAAAUCAUACUUAGGCUGUCUAAUGCUUUGCCAAGAAAAAGCAAUACACAACAAUUCAAUGAAGUUUCACUCUGACCAUGUGCACUUAUUAAUGCUAGUGCACAGACUUCAUGAAGGCACAGCAAUUGAAUGACACAGUCACCACUGUUCUCUUCUUCAGUCAAAUCAAGUAUACCACAAUGAAUACUGCCUGCUGAAACUCAUGUUUACUGUUGUCACAACAGCUAAUGCCACAAAAUGAGGAAAAAAGGUAAUAACAAAGAAGGCACUCAUAAAUGAAAAGGCAACACGAAAGAAUGUAUAGGAAAAAAUAUCACAAAGGCUUAGAAAUGUUCAAAACAGGUGGGAGACCCCUAUCACAAGCAGCAACGCACUGCAGAAAUUUGCACAGAAAUGUUGCUGCCAGCUCGCGCAGCACAACAGCCAAUGCACAGAUUGCUACACAUAAAUGAGUACAACAAAAGAACAACAGAUUCAAUCAGAAAAGCCUAGCUCUAGUUCUGCUGGAUAUUUGAAUGGGAGAACAACUAUAAAUAAGAAAGGUACCGUUAAAAUGUUUAAUUUCACUCUUCAGCAGAUUACUGCAGCUCAAAUUUUCGAGUCUGCCAGCCUUGUACCUAUAAACACUCCUGUCCUGCUCCCCACACAUUUUUCUAGAGGUAUUCCUUUGUACUGUGUGCAAGCACACUGCAAAUAUGUACGACACAUAUAGUGUCACAGAAAAAUUGUGAAUCAACACUAUUACAUACAGUAUGCGCACAUCUGAGGCCAACCCAUACCCUUGCUACCAAUAAUUUUCCAGUAUCUAAAUACCACUAGUGUUUCAACAAUAUUUGAAUUUUCGUGGAAAAGUUCCUUUGAACAUUGGCUGCAAUUUAUGAAAAACUCGGGAGCGUUCCAUAGGCACGUUUCAAAUGGUACGCAGAGAAAACAACUACCACAUCACCGUUUGGAAAAUCUGUCUAGUUACACUUUGCUCAAUCUUUUUAAAUCUGAGGAUGUCCAGCUCUAUAUAUUACUGCACUACCGACAUUGUUGAAAAGUUCAUUGUACAGGCAGCAAUAGCACCAACAAAUCAUGACAAAAUAGUCACAUGAGUAUUUUCAUGAUCACAAACAUUUAGGGCAACGGUGAACCCAAGAGAAAAGUUGCUCUGUUUAUAGGCUGCCAUUCACACACAAAAGCAAUGCUCCCUACACAUCACACAAGUGAUACAGCUUUUCUGCAGGCUAGAAGUUUCUCAGAUGGGACACAUCUAGAUCUACUGAAGGCCUUACUCUCAUUGAAACAAUUCUCUGGUUGCCUGGAAUGGUUGCCUGGUCUCCAGGCAACCAUUCAAGACCUACACAUGUGGUAUACAUGCCUCCAAUAAAGGAAAAGGUGGUACCCACCUAAAUUAGCCCAAAGUGACCUGCUUCUUUGUGGCAGAACACAACUUUUUUCUUUUAUAAAACUUCCUCCAUACCUUGUGGUACAACCCAUUGCCUUAUUAUAAUACUUCUAGUGA